ACGCAUUGCCGACGACGACGAGCAGCCCACCAAUCAACAUGGAAGACCCCGCAAGGGAUAUCGAGGACGUUAUACUCUCCAUUACCUCCGCCGUCAACCCCGAGGCUCAAAAGGCAGCCAUCCUGCGCUACUUCGCUCCCGACGCGUCCUUCCGCCACCCGCUUUGCACCGUACCCUCCGACGCCGACACGCCGUACCCUGCAUCGCAGUCCUCACCAUCGUUUGCCCGAUGGACACAACUCUCGCGCAAACUCUCGCCGACCGGGAUCGCGACCGCGAGCAGCCGCGAGACGAUAUUGUGCGUGUACCAGUGGUACCGAACGAUGUCCCCGCGUUUGAAAGUGGAGGUGAGGAAGGUCGUGUGGGAUGAACCGCGGAUGGAGAUCUAUGUCGAUGUUGUGCAGACGUUCCACAUCCGGUGGAACCCUCUGCCGCCAGCGCAGUCGAGGCUCAUUACGCACCUUAACCUCCGCAAAGUCAGUCCGCGCUCCCAAGACGCACGCCCACUUUACGUGAUUGUCGCGCAGGAGGACUUCUACCACCCUGCAGACCUCCUUGCCUUUGUAUUACCACCGCUUGUGCCUAUCCUUCACUUCUUGCUCAUCCUCGGAACGUGGGCUUGCGUCUUCGGUGCAUGGUUUGGUGCAGUCUCCGGCUUCUGGACCAUCAAACGUGGCGAGGGUGAUCGGGAAGUCAAGCUUGAGCAUGCGGGCGAGUCACUUCCCACACCGGCACCUGGUGAACAACAGACACUGACAAAUGGCAGGAAAAAUAGAAGAGAGGGGAGCGGAAGUAGCAGUAGCAGCAGCAGUGGCGAAUAGUCGCGAUGACAGCACCCAUGAGGAAGAUCACGUCGAAAUUAGAGUCAGUCCGCCUUUAUCAACUUCGCACGGAUGGUUUCUUGAAUAGAAUCUAAGAUGCUUCCGUAAUCUCGUAUAUUUUUGUUAUGGAGUGUUAGCUCACAAAAAUGUAAACAAUGAUUGACAGUAAACUGACAUAAUAAUAGUAUGCGG